AACACCGAGGCGGGUUCUGCAUAGAAGAGUUACUGAACGUAGUACACCGGCCAUCAACAUCGGUAGUGACCACAGCAGCACAACGCUUGAAUGUUUGUACUCCAAACACUCAUUUCAUGACAGGAAGCUGCGUCUCGGCUUCUGUUAUCGGCUCGGCUAACGAGAACAGAGUUAAGAAUCAACGCAGUUUGAGCUCCGAAGAGGAAGCUUUCAUGCAAAGAGAAGAAAUUUCAGAAGAUACGAGCCGCCAGUCACUGAUGCCGCUUGAUUGGAGCAACCCGAGAAACCAGUUCGGCUCGGACCAGGAAGUCAAAGAGGAGAUAUCGGAAACAAGCGAGAGUCCAAACAAGAUAAACUACGAAAAAUGCGAGAUGGAUUUGAUGGGAAAUGAAAACAAAGACGAACAAAACAACUCGACAAUCAAAAUGGAAGCCGAAACCGAACUAAUUGACGUUGAAAUUGUAGAUGAUGCGAACUAUUCGACUGAACAAGAAAUGUUUGACUGUGACUCUCAAAAUGGGCUAGCAGAGAACAAACAUCAUGUUUCCAACGGAACUUUGAAUCAGGCUAAAAACUUUGGACAAGUCCAAAAAUUUCUGCAAUUUGGUCAUCCGGAAGCAAAUGCUCUUGACUCUGAGCAGCCUGCUUGGCUGAGCAUGGAAAACGCUUCCGAUCAAUUUGAGCACGAGAAAUUGCUACAACAACCUCAACUUGGAUUUGAUUCCGAUGCCGGAGGGCAAGUAUUGAAUGUGUUCUCUAGAAUUGGGAAUUAUCCUUUUUCUUCAUCGUACUUUAGAGGUUUACUGAAACCCGCAGCUUCGCACGAUUCGAUUGCAUAUGCUUGUAAUGUGGGAGAUGAACCGUCGCCUCGUACCUCUAGCAAUGAAAAGUACGUGUGCAAAUUCUGUCACAGAGUGUUCCCUCGGUCAUCUAAUUUGACUAGACAUCUCAGGACUCACACGGGAGAGCAGCCGUACGCGUGCAAGUACUGCAACAGAGCCUUCAGUAUAUCGAGUAAUUUGCAGCGACAUGUGAGGAAUACACACAGCAAGGAAAAACCCUACCAAUGCGAGGUGUGUAACAAAGCCUUCGGUCAGCAGAAUAAUUUGAAACGACACAUGAAAAAGCACGAGCGUAGAAGCUCGAGUUCUUCCGCCUCCAACUCAAACCUCAUAAAUGCAUCCGGUGACACCACGCCCGAGCUCUUGACACCAAAGAACUCAUCAAUGCGAACCCACGCGACAUUCGAGGUCAUAUCGGGAGAAAUUAGUCACAGGACACCGGCGAUAUUCCCAAGUGAUAUUGCCAUUCAAAUGAUACCACCCACAGGAUCCAUCGGCGUCCUUCCCACGUCAUCUAUUUUGCCAAUCAUUGAAGGCUGUCCUUUCUCUCUUCCCCAGCUCGCAAGGAAGACGGUCAUUUGUCCCAACCCGAGUGUGAAUCUUGAGUCAUCGCCUGAGUCGGAUGUCAUUUCGCAUCCGAAGAGUCGACGAGACCGAGAUGUAGGACACAGUAUAGCUGGAAAAACAGAUGUACCAGAUGUACUGCUCGAAAAACAGUAG